AUGCGGUUGUUGGUUGCAGUCCUGUUUUUGACACAAGCAACUGCAAACUCAGAUGAUGUCAUGAUGAAUCCAAAGAGUGUAAAUCCAGAGACAUUCAUGAAUGUUAGCCAAGUGAUCUGCCACAGAAUGUACCCCAGCGAGGAGUAUGAAAUCCUGACUCGCAAUGGUUACUAUGUCAAACUGAACAGAAUUCCUCAUGGGAGAGAAUAUCCUAGGAACAUAGGCCCCAGACCUGUUGUGUUUUUUCAGCAUGGGCUACUUGGUGAUAGCAGCAAUUGGGUUGAAAAUCUGGCUAACAACAGCCUUGGCAGACUAGCAGACUCUGGCUAUGAUGUGUGGCUGGGAAACAGUCGGGGAACGCGCUGUUCCCAAAGACACCAGCAUCUUUCCCCCGACGAGACUGAAUUCUGGGAUUUCAGCUUCCACAAAAUGGCCAUAUAUGACCUGCCAGCAAUGAUCAACUUUGUCCUGCAGAAAACUGGCCAGAAGCAGCUGUACUAUGUGGGCUACUCUCAGGGUGCCACUAUCGCAUUCAUAGCAUUUUCAUCCAUGCCAGAACUGGCUCAGAAAAUCAAAACUUUUUUUGCCCUGGCUCCUGUAGUAACGAUGAAGCACGCCAGAAGUCCUGUCUUGAAAAUGUCAUUCCUUCUUAACGGAAAACCCGAAAUGCUUCAGAUCCUAUUGGGCAAGACAGAUACCUCACUGAGGAUAAGGAAGCUGUGGAGAUUUCUUCCUAACCUGUGCAGGCACCUGCUCCUGCAUAAGCCCUGUGCCAACCUAUUUUUCCUGCUGGGUGGCUUCAAUGAGAAGAACUUCAACAUGACCCGGCUAGAUGUAUACACAGCCCACUAUCCUGAUAGCACAUCUGUCAAAAACAUAAUACACUGGACCCAGGUGAAGACAUCUGGAGAGUUUAAAGCUUUCGACUACGGCAGCAAAAACCAAGCUGUGUACCACCAGGAGAAGCCUCCCUACUACCAGUUGGAGAAGAUGCCUGUGCCCACAGCAGUGUGGUCAGGGGGUGAGGAUUGGGUAGCUGACCAGAGGGAUGUCCUCCUGCUGCUGCCACGCAUCACCCGCCUCAUCUCCUACAUGCACAUCACCGACUGGAACCACUGGAACUUCAUCUGGGGCCUGGACAGCCCUGGACGCCUCUACAGCUGCAUCGUGGCUAUGGUGAAAGGGUCCCAGCAGGGCAAGACCCAGCUCAGCAGUGCCCCAAGGAAGCAGCGGGAUGUGAUCAGACCCCAAUAG